UUUUUAUUUAAAUAGUUUUGGAAAUCAUGAAAAUUACGCUAAUAAAGCUAAAUCGGUAAAUGUUCAGAACAGCGGCUUUUCUGAAAAAAAUUAUUAUAUUUUUUUGAAAAUAUUUUAAAAUUUGCAUAUAUUAAAAUUGACUUACUUAUAUUUAAAAAACACACUUUUUAAAAUAUUUUCCAAAAAUAUUGGACCAUUUUUUUAGAAAAGCCGCUGUAUACAUUUUCAAAGCGUAUUAAAAGUAUAUUAAAAUUUGUUCGUUCAGAUACUUCCUUCGAGGAUUAAAAAGAAAAUCACUUUUUCAAACCUUUUACGAUGCCUUUCGCUGGGUUAAAAAUAGCUUUAUGUGAAUAGUAUGAUAUGAAAAAUAGUGCAGUGGAUGUGUGCCUUAGAUAAGGUGAUAGUAGACAAAAUACAAAUAUAUGACUAAAAUGUCUUGUAGCACCGAACAUUUAAAAUAUCUAAAGGAUCUAAUUUCAUCAUGCUUCCUUCCGGCUUUAAAGGAGGAUUUGGAUAAUAUGCCUAUAAGUAGCGAAGACUUUGGUUCAUACAGAAAUGUUUUGGAAAUACAAUUACCGAUCCUUUACGACCUGUUGCAACAAAACCGGGAAUGGAUUUUUGGUAGAGAAGGUCAAGAAUCCUAUGAGGUAUUUGCGAAUGUGGUCAUCUUAUUGUCCGAGAUUAAUGCUGCGCCAACAAUUUAUCGAAUAUCAAAUAAAAAUAUUCAAAGGAAUGCAUAUAGUAUCCUACAAGAACAUACUCCUAUAAAUAUAUCAGAUGUGGAACAAAUUGUGUUUGAAUAUUACCAAAACAAACUUAAAACGCAUGUAUGGAGAAAACAGUUGGGUUCCUUGCAUGGAUUCGUGAGAUAUUUAGAGUUGCAAUACUCAAGUAAAACGCUUCCUAGACGAUGGGUUAAUUUCUGUUUAUCCGUGGGUCUAACUGUACGCGAAAGCCACGAGCCUACCUGUAAACGAAUUGGUAUAUUAAUAUUUGCAUUGAUAUUGAAAAGUGGUAAUUUCGCAUAUAUUCAAGAACAAAAUAUACACGGUGUUAUAUACGAUUCAGCAAUCAAAGAUCUCGAUUUUAUGGACUCCGUAGAGACAGCAGAAGAUGUUUGGAAAUGUUUACAUAAAUGUUUUAACUUCUAUAAAGAGUUAAGCAGUUUCAAUUGGUGCCAACUUGAUGAUCUAAUGGAAAUAGCUAUUACAAAUGUAACAAUGGCCUCCGAUAGUUCGAUAUCACUAUGUUAUUUACAACAAGUCUCUAAAAUGGAGGAGUAUUUCGCAAUAAAUCAACAGGAAAUGGAAACUUGUUGGGAAGCUGGUCUAAAUAUUCCUUCAUCGAUAGAGCAUUGUCGAAAUGUUUGUGCAACCAAUAAUUCCUUUACAAUGUUUCGAUGGGCGAAAAGAAUUCUAACUAUGUUUAACGUGGAGUCAUAUAAAUUAAUGCAGGAGAAAGAAAUGUCGCAAAAAUUCUUACUGGAAAUGCACAAAUGUUACUUGGUUUGCAUUUUGCCAAUUGACUUACAAAUAAUCGGUCCACAUUUAAUAUCAUUUCUCGAAAAGUUUACGUCUGUGUUGAUGGAAGUUAUAAUCGCUCAUAAGUUGGAUUUUGAAAUCAUUCAGACUGUUCGUACGAUUUUGGAGACUUUCAAAUUCCAACUUCAACAUUCCCCAUUCACGCAUGAAAAUGAAGAAUUUGCCAAACUUAACAACGCACUUGAAAAACUACUGAACCACAAUAUCUUUGUACAAAGUAAAUAGAUAAUUUUAGGUUUGCUGUAAAUAUUUUAAGUAAUAAAAUAUACAAUUCUUCAACAAA